AUGUCAGAUUUGGUUAAGAGAAGGAUCCUCAGCAAUAACAUCUUCAAUUUGGCAGGUUCCAUCACUAAUGCUUUCUGUAAAGCUGAAGGCGCUGCCCCUUCACCUAGGCUGAUCCGCUGGAACAAUAACAACAGUCGGUGCACUAUUUUGAAUGUUGAUGGCAGCUGUCUCGGUGUUCCCAUUUGCGCAAGUUUUGGAGGUGUCUUUCGCGACAACACAGGAACAUACAUAGCAGGUUAUUCGGGCUACAUCAGUCAUUCUCAGGAUAUUCUGUUUGCAGAGCUCACAGCUCUUUAUCAAAGGUUAAGGUUGGCGGUCAACUUAAAUUGUGAGGAAUUGGCGUGCUAUUCAGACUCCCUUCUUGCAAUCAACCUCAUCAAAGAUGAUUUAAAUCAUUUUCAUGUUUAUGUUGUUCUCAUUCAAAACAUCAAAGACAUCAUGGUUUCUCGUAAUUUCAACCUUCAUCACUCACUCAGAGAGGGAAAUCAAUGUGCAAACUUUAUGGCUAAACUUGGAGCAUCGAGCGAUGUUGAAUUGACUCUCCACUCUUCUCCUCUAGAGGACCUGCUGCCUCUGGUUAGGACGGAUGAAUUAGGAGUCCUCUUUAUGAGGCGCUAG